GGGGCGUUGGCUGACCUGCCCGGGCCCGGUAUUGCACCCGGCGGGCGUCGGGCCUUCCCGGAGCCUGCCUGGGGCGGGGGGGCGGAUUCCCCGGCGCCUCGCCAUGGCCGGGGCCAUAGCGUCUCGGAUGAGCUUCAGCUCCCUGAAGAGAAAACAGCCGAAAACCUUCACGGUGCGGAUUAUGACCAUGGACGCCGAGAUGGAGUUCAGCUGUGAGGUGAAGUGGAAAGGGAAGGAUUUAUUUGACUUGGUGUGCAGGACCUUAGGACUCCGAGAAACCUGGUUCUUUGGACUUCAGUACACGAUCAAGGAUACCGUGGCCUGGCUCAAAAUGGACAAGAAGGUUCUGGAUCAUGAUGUUCCAACAGAGGAGCCGGUCACGUUUCACUUCCUUGCCAAAUUUUACCCUGAGAAUGCGGAGGAGGAGCUGGUUCAGGAGAUCACACAGCACUUGUUCUUUCUGCAAGUAAAGAAACAGAUUUUAGAUGAGAAGAUCUACUGUCCUCCUGAGGCAUCUGUGCUGCUGGCCUCCUAUGCCGUCCAAGCCAAGUAUGGUGAUUACGAUCCCACUGUUCAUCAGCGUGGCUUUUUAGCGCAAGAGGAGUUGCUUCCAAAACGGGUAAUUAACCUGUACCAGAUGACUCCAGAAAUGUGGGAGGAAAGAAUAACAGCCUGGUAUGCAGAACAUCGAGGCAGGGCAAGAGAUGAAGCUGAAAUGGAAUAUUUGAAGAUCGCUCAGGAUUUGGAGAUGUAUGGAGUAAACUACUUUGCAAUUAGGAAUAAGAAGGGCACUGAGCUGUUGCUUGGGGUUGAUGCACUGGGGCUUCACAUCUAUGACCCAGAAAACAGACUGACCCCCAAAAUCUCUUUUCCAUGGAAUGAGAUCCGGAAUAUCUCUUACAGUGAUAAGGAGUUUACAAUUAAGCCACUGGACAAAAAGAUCGAUGUCUUUAAAUUCAAUUCAUCAAAGCUGCGUGUGAAUAAGCUGAUUCUUCAGCUGUGUAUUGGAAACCAUGAUCUAUUCAUGAGGAGGAGGAAGGCAGACUCACUGGAGGUCCAGCAGAUGAAAGCACAGGCCAGGGAGGAGAAGGCCAGAAAGCAGAUGGAAAGACAGCGGCUGGCUCGAGAGAAGCAGAUGAGGGAAGAGGCAGAGCGAACAAGGGAUGAGUUGGAGAGGAGGUUGUUGCAGUUAAAGGAGGAGGCGACAAUGGCCAAUGAGGCUCUGAUGAGAUCUGAAGAGACAGCAGACUUGCUGGCUGAAAAAGCCCAGAUCACAGAAGAGGAAGCCAAGCUGCUGGCUCAGAAAGCAGCUGAGGCGGAGCAGGAGAUGCAGCGGAUCAAAGCCACAGCAAUCCGGACAGAGGAAGAGAAACGGUUGAUGGAACAGAAGGUCGUGGAGGCAGAGAUGUUGGCAUUGAAGAUGGCAGAAGAAUCAGAGAGAAGGGCAAAGGAGGCUGAUCAGCUAAAGCAGGACCUUCAGGAGGCUCGAGAGUCUGAGCGGAGAGCAAAGCAGAAGCUCUUGGAGAUCACCAGCAAGUCAUCAUACAUGCAGCCCAUGAACUCAGGUAUGACAGUGCUGCCUGCUGACCUGCCAAGCUUCAACCUCAUCAGUGAGAGCCUCUCCUUUGACUUCAAGGAUACAGACAUGAAGAGACUUUCCAUGGAAAUAGAGAAAGAGAAAGUGGAGUACAUGGAGAAGAGCAAGCACCUGCAGGAGCAACUAAAUGAGUUGAAGACUGAGAUUGAGGCGCUGAAGCUGAAGGAGAGGGAGACGGCGCUGGAUAUACUGCACAAUGAGAAUGCCGACCGAGGCAACAGCAAGCACAACACCAUUAAAAAGCCUCAAGCCCAGGGCAGAAGACCUAUCUGCAUUUGAGACUUCAAAGUAGGUUAUUCCAAGCUUACUUUGCAGAGCACCAAGUCCCGUGUGGCCUUCUUCGAGGAGCUCUAGGAGGUGACCCAGCCAUCCUGCACUGCUGCUUCCAGCGAGCCAACCACGUGCCAGCCAGAGCUUCCUUCAGCAAGGCUAUAUAGGCACAUCCCAAUGGCUGGGGAGCCAGGAAUACAGCCCCUCUACAUGCUGUCUGAGUGCACUCUGGUACAUGAUGCUGUUCCUGUGCAAUGGACUUGGUCCGUCAGCUGUCUGUGGAUUUCAGCGUGAUGAUCUCUAGUUUAGUGUAUCCUAAUCCCCCUUAUAGGUUUUUAACUAGCUACUCUCUUCUACUGUUUAUAAUGCAGAGCUGUGUAUCCCUUGCAGUCUUUUUAAGCAGUAUUUGUAUUUGGGCGUGACUGUCAUGUGACUUUCUGGGAGCUGGUGAGUAGGCACGUGUGCCUUGGAAGGGUUGCCUUUCCCUUCCAGCCCUGCUUUAGGGAAUACCACAAAUAAUGUGCACUUCUGCAGGUGGAGAUGUGGUGCGUUCAGCAGUUCAGGAGCCAGGCGGCGAGAUGUGUGCUAUUCUCUCCAUAUCCCCUGUACUUCUGCCUGACUCUUGGAGGAGCUGAGUACUGGUAGCUCCCAUUGGUCACACACACAGUGGUAUAAUGGAAUGCUUUAAUCAGUGGUACAGCCUCCCCUAUGAGAGCGUGGUUAGGUCUGGUCUUCCUGCCUAUCAGAGGAUCUAACAGACCUAGAAGGGUUCAGAGAUAUGCUGUGGGAAUAGGUCUGGAACGACUUCUGUAUAAGGAGAGAUUGAAAAGAUUCUGGCUGUUUACCUUAGAGAGCUGCUGCAUAGAAGGGACAUUACAAAGGUGUGCAAACUAAUGAAUGGUAUGGAGAAAAUAGAUCUCCCUUCUCCAGUAUGACGCAAGAGCAAGGGCAUAGUCAAGGAAACUGAAAAGUGGCAUAUCCAGCACUGAUCAAAGGAAAUACUUUCCCACACAGUGUGCAAUGAGCCUCUGGAACUCCUUGCUACAAGAUUCCAAGAAUUUUGUAGGAUUUGAUCUUUGUCAGGAUACAAAAAUAGCUAGAAAUGUAGCAGUGGACAUUUAAAAAGUGAAGGGGUUCUGGAAGAGAUAUGAACCUUCAUGCUUGUGCCUAGAAGCUGAUCUCUAAAUAAUGUAGAUCAGGAGGGAAUUUCCGCUGUGCCCUAGUCAUCCCAUAGCUACCUACUGCAGCCUUCUUUUCACUUUCCUCUGAAGCAUGUGGCACCUGCCACUGCUGGAGAUGGGCUAGAUGGACCACGGGUCUGAUCUACUUGUGGGAGCUGCAUGUGCUCAGCCUCUCUGCGUAUCACCUCCCUUGCUCCAUUUUGAUUCCCCUGGUAGAGUGGUAACCAGCACCCCACAAGUUGGGACUCUACUGAGAACAGUCUCAGCAUCUCUUUACUGUUGAGUCCUGUAGCGUGGCAGGAGCUGCCUUGCUCCGGUGGUGGCAGAGCCUAUGGUUUCCAGUCCGUGAAGGAGCAUGCUGUGAACACUUAUGUGGCCUGUGCCUGCCGUGAGACAGAGCCAAGCAACAGGGUUGAGUUGCUAAGGGUACGUCCAGACUACCCGCCUUAUUGGCGGGUAGCGAUUGAUUUCUUGGGGAUCAAUAUAUUGUGUCU